CUGCCGUAGUGUGACGUUGGCGCUGGACAGUUCAUUGAAAACAUGGCAGGUGAUAUUAAACUAGAAGACGAAGAGGAGAAUAUUCUAUAUGAUUUACUUAUUAACACCGAAUGGCCACCCGAAACAGACACUCAGCUGCGUGGACUAAAAGAACGCAACUGUUCACUUAUUGCCAAGGCAGUAACAGGGCCCUUCAGGUUUAUUCUUCAUUACCUUUGGUACAGCCCAUCCAGCUCAACUCUGCCACCCGGGCUGGUGCGCCUAGCAACCAAACAAGUGAACUGGCAACUGGUGCUGGCAAGUAAUGGAAAACUUCUGGCUGUGGUUCAAGACCAGUGCGUGGAAAUUAGGUCAGCUAGAGAUGAUUUUGGAUCAGUCAUAGGGAAAUGCCAAGUGCCCAAGGACCCGAACCCUCACUGGCGUAAGGUUGCAUGGAGUCAUGAUUGUGCCCUGCUGGCUUAUGCUGACAGCACCGGCACGGUCCGAGUCUUCGACCUGAUGGGCAGUGAGCUCUUCAUUAUACCUCCUGCUGUGAGCUUCCCUGGAGAUUUUAGUUAUGCAGCAGCCGGUCUGAUGUUCUUGGAGUACACCGCCAGCGCCCAGUGGUCAGCCGAGCUGCUGGUUAUCACCUACAGUGGGCAACUCAAGAGUUUUCUGGUUAGUGUUGGAACCAAUCAGGGCUUUCAGGAGAAUCACAGCUUUAGUUUCUCCGCUCACUAUUCCAAUGGGAUUACCACAGCUAUAUAUCAUCCAAGCCACAGGUUGCUGCUGGUGGGAGGGUGUGUGUCCCAUGACAGUGAUGCUUCCAGGGCGAGCCGUUGUGGGAUCACAGCGUGGAGGUUGUUAUCGGGGUCACCGCACUAUAAACAGGUCACCAGCUAUGAAGAUGACAUUAGUGCGUCUCAGAGGCGUGGAUUCCUCAGGAUGCCCAGCUUUCUGCUUUUCUCCAGGCGUAACAACGAGCAGGACGGCGUGUUCAGAAUGAGUUUGUCUCCUGAUGGCACUGUUCUGGCUGUGAUCCACUUCUCAGGAAGUCUGAGUCUCUGGGAUGUUCCAUCAUUCAAACUGAGAGGCAGCUGGAAACAAGAGGAACAACCUGGAUUUGACGAGAUCAACCCGGAGUGGAAGACCUCGCUGGAGAAAAGGAAAAAGAUAAGAGAUAAGGAGCAGUAUCAGUGUCUGCUAGAUGUGAGCUGGUGGAGUGAGACGGCACUGAUUUUGGCUCGCUGUUCUGGGGCCCUCACUGUGUCCUCUGUGCGGACCCUUAAAAAUCUGUUGGGCAAAUCCUGCGAGUGGUUCGAACCCUCACCGCGAGUCACCUCGGCCCAUGAUGCCGGCUUCCUUAGUUUGGAGUGUGAGGUCAAGUUGGCCCAAAAACGCUCUCGCAUGGAGAGCAGCAUGCCAGGUGAGGAGGACGAUGGAGAGGAAGACUCCGACUCUGAUGAAGAGUCCUCAGCAAAGGCGCGCUAUUCCGGCUAUGUCAAGCAGGGCCUGUAUUACGUGACCGAGAUGGAACGUUUCGCCCCUCCCAGAAAACGCGCUCGAACCGUCAUCAAGAACUACCGACUCGUCAGCCUGAGGUCUACCACACCAGAGGAGCUCUAUCAGAGAAAGAUUGAUAAUGAGGAGUAUGGAGAAGCUCUUUCUCUGGCUCAAGCCUAUGAUCUGGAUUCUGAUCUCGUCUACCAGAGACAGUGGAGGAAAUCGACAGUCAGCAUCGCAUCCAUUCAGGACUACCUGAGUAAGAUAAAGAAGAGAUCAUGGGUACUGCAUGAAUGUUUGGAGAGGGUUCCAGAGAACGUGGACGCCGCCUAAGAACUUCUGCAGUACGGCCUGAAAGGAACCGAUCUCGAAGCUUUGAUCGCCAUCGGUAACGGAGAAGCCCGGGGCAGAUUCAUCCUGCCUGGUGAUGUGGACCUGGAUGAUACUCCAUAUGAAGACUUUCUAUCCACGGAGGAAGAGAUGGAGCAGAGGAAAGAGGGGGAGGACAAGAGGAGGCAGGAGCUUCUCAAGAAAGUGGAAUUUAGCAAAUUGACUCUGGAGCAGAAGGAGCUCUGUAGAAGCAGAUUGAAGCUUCUUUGCUAUCUGGACCGUUUGGCCACUUAUGAGGAGAUUCUGGGAGGACCACAUGCCGCAGAGCAGAGAUUUGACGGCGAGUUUUUCAAGAAGUUCCGCAAUCAGAAUAUUGUUCUGUCAGCAAGAACUUACGCGAGGGAGAGCAACGUGCAGGCUCUGGACAUUCUCUUUACUUAUCACGGCUCAGAGCUUCUCCAGCAUCGUCUCGCCGUACUGUUCAAUUUCCCAGAAACCACCUCUCCUCACGAGUACGCCGACCUUCUGCCUAAGGCUGGUGUGGAUAAGAAGAGUAAUUUGGCUUUGAUUCCCUGGGAGGAAAGUAGGCACAGAGAACUGGAUUGGUGUGAGCUUCCUGAGUGCAGAGGAGUGGUGGAGCCCAACCCAGUGGAUGACUGCCACUUCCUGUACGAAGAACAGCCAGAAUUGGAGAAAUUCCAUAGUGCUGAACCCCCCAUCAUGCUGUUGACAGAGUGGUACCUGACCAGAGCGCAGGAGAUAGAGAGCAAUUCUCACCAGGUUGAUUGCUCCCUGUCUCUAGUGCGUCUGGGAAAAGAGCAGAACAUUCCUGGGCUGGAGGUACUGUGUGACCACCUGGUUACCAUGGAGACACUGGUGUACGAGACAUCAUGUGACCUGAGUCUCACGCUAAAGGAGCUCCAGCAGCUCAGGGACAUUGACAAGCUCCGCCUCCUCAUGAAAAAUUCUAGUGAGGAUCGAUACAUUAGGAAUUUAUUCCAGUGGAUAUUCCCGUUUCUGCACCGCUGUGAGGGACAGCUGGUGGGCUCGUCCUCCAGCCUGCUCAGAGAGUACCUGGUCACCCUCGCCAAAGACGAUCUCAGACUUCCUCUCAAAAUCUUCCAGAACUCAAAGCCAGACUGUCAUCCAAAGGUGAUGGGAAACUCUGAUCAGCUCAUGUCUGUGGCAUUAGAGUGUAUCUACAGCUGUGAGAGGGACGAUCAGCUGGCACUCUGCUAUGAUAUACUUGAAUGUCUCCCUCAGAGAGGAUACGGGGGAGCAGACACAGAUGCCACAAAAGCCUUGCAUGACCAAGUGGACACUCUAGAGAAACACUUGAGUGUUGCUGAGGUGUUGGAGAAGCAUGGCCUUCAGAAGCCUAUUUCAUUUGUGAAGAACAGUCAGAACAGCAAAGAGGAAGCUCACCAGCUGAUGGUCCGACUCACCCGUCACACAGGACGCAAAAACCCUCCUGCGAGUGAGACAGUUUGGAGAGGUUUACUUCAAGAUCUCCUGGACAUGCAGCAGAAUGUGUAUACAUGUCUCGAUCCAGAAACAUGCCAUCAGGUGUUUGUGGAGAGUUUGUUAUGUUCAGGCCGAGAGGAGAAUAUUCGUCUGGCCGGUCAGCUCGUGCACUGCAGUGCCGUGUCAGAGCACACUCCAGUGAGCGUGGCAUUCCGCGGAAAAGCUCACGCCCGUGUAGCUUAUAACCGCAGCGUGGAGCUCAUGCUGGAUGCUGGCCGUGAAUACUUCAACUCCUCGGCCACUCUCAGUGACCCUUGCAUGAACCUGGCACGGUCAUGUCUGCUGUUGAUCACGGAUCGUCCUCCUCUUAUUCAGGAGGAAUUGGACCUCAUUAGCGCCCUCUCUAUGCUGGAGGAAUUCGGCGUGAAGGUUCUGCCCUUACAAGUGCGUUUGCGGGCAGAUCGUCUAUCAUUGGUCAAGGAAUGCAUCUCCCAGUGCUCUACUGCAUACAAGCAGUCCACACUUCUGCUCAGCCUGGCCAAACUGCUGCGGGUUGCAGGUGAUGAUGAGGUCAGGAGGAAGGGCCAGGUUCUCACUCUGUUGGCAGAACAGGCUCUGCACUGUCAGGAUUUCAAGGCCUCGUAUAUUCACUGCCAGGAUCUGAUGGCUGCAGGCUAUAGAGAUGGCUGGGAGGUUUGUGCUCAGCUGGGCCAGUGUGAGAUGUACUCACAGCUCUCUGCCCGUCACGAUCUGAUGGCCUUCUCCCUUACACACUGCCCUCCCGCCAGCAUCCAGAACCUUCUAGCAUUAUCCAGUUCCCUUCAGACACAGGUUCUGUACCAGGCUGUGAAUUAUAAGAUUGAUCCCUCUCAUGGCCGGAGAGUAGGCGGUGAGAUAUCGGAGCAGACAGGAGCCGCUGUUUCAGGAUCAGCCUCUGGCUCGAUUAACCCCACCGACCUGUUGCACAGAACCACGGCCCGCACCAUAGAGGUCCUGACCAACACCACCACGACCACCAGAGCUGUGCUGACCGCUGUCAGCGACUCCCAUUGGUGGAAGGAGUCCCUCAGUUUGCUCCGCCCUCUGCACGGACAGGGCUUGGAUAGAAGCCGCUCCGCAGUGGCCAAUGAGAACGCAGAUCUGGAAAGGCAAGGAUGCAAUCCUUUCUACGCAGAGCUGUUUGAUGAUCCAUACGUCAAUACGACCGAAGAUGUGUAUUCAUCUUACAACUACACCCCUCACGAAGACUUUGCCGAAGUUUUACUGCGGACGGGCAAACUGGCCGAAACCAACAGCGAGGGACAGAAUCUUUUUCCUGCAACAGAGGUGCUUCUUCAGCUGGCCAGUGAUGCCUUUCCCAAAGAUAUGACACUUGCCCUGGCCUAUUUACUGGCUUUACCUCAGGUGUUGGAUGCUAACGCUUGUUUUGAGAAGCAGCCCCCCUCAGCCCCGUCUCUCCAGUUAGCGGCGUAUUACUACUCUCUUCAGAUCUACUCCCGCCUCGCACCCUGCUUUAAAGACAAGUGCAGCCCACUUUACCGGGCCGAUCCCAGAGAGCUGAUUCGUCUUGUGACCAAACAUGUGACCGACCAUGCUGGAAGUGAUUGGGUGAAUGAGGAACUGGAGGCUUUGAUUGGUCAGUUGCGACUUUACAGUGAGAGAUUGACAGACUUCACUCAAGCUCAGGUGCUUCAGGGUCUUGGCCGUGGGGUCGAUGUCCAGAGAUUUAGCAAUGACAACCAGUAUAAGAAAGAGACCAUUCUUGGCCUGGCUGAGACAUUGGAUGAAAGUGUGUAUGGAAUCUCUUGCUCUUUGGCUCAGCGGUACAGCAUUCCUCUUUGGGAAGUGCACAUGACCCACCUUGAGUUUCUCUUUACUGAUAGCGGCAUCUCCACUAAAGACAUCGAGAGCCGAACCGAGACCCUGGGCCUUCUGCAGACUCUGAAGACCGACCCAGAGGCGUUCUACACGCACAUGACUAAAUAUGUUUACCGCAGCAUAGCCGGAACCGAUCAGCUGAGACUCCUCUUCUACUUCACCCUCCUGGAAAACUGCGGCUGCGCGGACUACUUCCCUCCGUCUGAAAUGAAGCCAGACACGCAUCUCAAACUGCUGAAGAAACUCAAGGCCGUCGCAGUCGAAAUCGAGACUCAUCAGACCAGGCAACAUUUUUCCAGUCUUCAACUGUCCAAUUUUGGACUGGACUAUAAGAAGCUGAUAGAUGAGGAAUCAGACCCUCUGAAAGCUUUGGAGCCUGUUUUGACCAGUCAUAACGUCCUGUCGAUCUCCAAACUGGCCCCCCGAAUCCCGCAGCAGGGAGGUGACGCUCUCACCUCCAGCGCCGUCCACGCUAUCUGGCUACAUAAACUCUUCUGGGAGGGGGAUCAGCAUGUGCUGAAAAAAGCUCCUCAGAGUGAUCAAGACUUCAUUAAUGCCUAUGACACCUGUGCCAAAUACUUUGACCGACUGCUGCCCUCAGACGCUGUUAACUUUCUGGAUGCCAUCACCUUUUCCCCUGCAGCAGCCAAUAAGCUGUCUGUAGGGGUCAGGCUGGAGAUCACCAAGCGUGCACAGAAGGCUUUGAAAGGCAUUAGCGACAAGGCUAAGAAAAAGGGAAAUAAUGACCAAGGCGAAAAACCCACCUCCAACUUUGACUCCGCCCUCACUCAUCUGGAGCAGUCUCUAGCACAUCUGGGAACUUUAAGCCACGCCUUCUUCCUGUCACUCCAAGCAAGCCAAGAGGAGCUCUUACAGAAGUACAGUCGCAUUUAUGACCUGUCCCGGUCCGAGCCAUCCAAGGUGCACCAUCUGGCCAUAACAAUGGCCAUGGAUGGACAGCCUCUCGAACGAAUCGAGCAGCUGCUUGCGGUCGCCGUGGGAACGAGCAACCUGUCACCGAAGAGUGUCGUGCAGGACGCAGUGGAGCGAAGAAUCAUAACCGCCCUCAGCGGUGACAAGGACGCUCUGAAAGAUUAUGCAGACCCCUUGAAGGUACUGGAAGGAAUUGUGGAAGCGGUGCACACUAAUGUACUGAGCGGUGGGAAUAUGGUCACAUCCGAGGACAUGCUGGAGUGGUUACGGCCGUUUUGCGGAGACGACUCCAAACCGGUGCGACCCCGAAUUGAGGUUCUGCAGAUUCUUGAACAUUCUUUCAACCUCAGUGAUCAGGACAUCCAUCUACUGGUGUUCUUCAGGAGCCAAGCGGUUCUUAAAGCCUGCUGGCCAAGCAGAGAGUGUGAGAUGAAAGACGUCGAGAACGAAGAGAGACGAAACUCUUUGUUUCUGGAACUGUUGGGGUGUAGCAGUAAAUGGGAGGAGUUUCAACACCUCAUGCUCCUCCUACAGGCGUGGCCACCAAUGACUGACAAGUGCAGGCUUGAGACAGAACAGAACCCCUGGGUUUGUCUCACAUCAGCCCUGCUCACACACUCCUCCAGCUUCUCCGAAAUCAACGUUGGGAAUGAGAUUCUUACUAUGUGCCGCUCGCUCUUCCCAACCAAACACAAACUCAUUCCACGGUGCAUUGGGCACAUUUCCUCCCUGCUGCUGAACGCCGGGUUGAAACUACCCGCUCUGAAGUUGAUGACCGAGAACGGUGAUGAGCAUCUGCACAAACUGACCCUGGACCAGAUCAAAGACAUCACAGAUGUGACUGAAGAUGUGUGUGACCCUGAGCUUCUGUCCCUGCUGUUGAACGCCAGGAUGUUGAUCUGUUGUGUGGACACAGCUCUGUAUUCUCCUCUGAUCUCUCACAUGCUAGCUCGGGGGGAUUGGGAUGUGGAGAAGGCUGCCCGAGAGCUCCACCAGGCCGGCCACAGCACUCAGGCCGGCUCCUUGCUCCUGUCCUAUCGCGGAUCUCACCCAGGGCUGUUCACCUUCAACAGCGCCCUCGCCGUCGUUCGAAAAUGGCUCUGAGGGAAGCAUGUGGGUACACGAUGAUGCAGAGGGAUUGUGUGUGACUUUGAGAGUGUCAUUCUGUGUGAACAGGAUUUAGUUAAUAAAGGAAGGAUGCUAGUCUUUCUCGUCGAAAUAAAAUCAAAAUAUGAAUGGGACGUUGGCACGAAAUGCCAAAGUCAGUCAUAAUUAACCUGAGCUUCAUCAUAUCAGACUUUGUACUGGACUUCCUGUUGGCAAAGGAUUCAAAUCACUUUCCUUUUUUCCUCUCUCUCUCCUGCCAUCUCUCCUGAAUGAAGCCUGGUGACACGGGUGUAAUUACAUUACUUCGGCUGUUUGGUCACGCUAGCCUGCGCUAAUAAUCAUUAUAGGCAAGAGUCGGAAUUGAAAACACCGCAUGUGUGCUGACGGUAGGCUGAUCGUUCCGUGCGCAGCUUUUGCUCUUUCUCUUUUGUAAGGCUAUUAAUUAUUUUUUGGAAGAAAACAGAUUAGGCCUUCGGGCGUCCUCACGCACAUGAUUCUUUAAACACGCGCAUAUGGAUGCACUACAAACUGUGUGGGGUAAUUCAGCAGUAAUGUGACUUAUCUGUGCAUUUUAGGUGAAUUUUUCAUCAGUAUUCAAUAAAUGUAUCACAUUUAAAACGUGUGGAUACGUGUCUUGCUUUAAUCCCCCAGUGGCUGUUUUUAAUAUUUUCCUGAACUUUCCUGUAAUACCUCACCUCAGAUGCUCUAUACGGGACAAAGAAAAUAUCAUGCUAAAUUUGAAAAA